AUCACGACAGCGAUCUGCGUUUGUUUCUGUUCCUAGUUUUUAUUGUUGUUUGCGCCUGCACGCCAGCCGGCCACUGUUGUAGGCAACAUCGAUGUUGACCACAGCACAAAAGUCCCAUAGAGAAGUUGGCCGCGGGAUGUUUCGCCAAGUGCCGCGGUGCCGCGUGUCUGCUAGUAUUCCGGUGAUCCAACAUGUCGUUGGUACUCGUACCCCUCCUAGCACUUAUGUGCCAGGAGGGCAUCCACGGCAAAGGAAUCAACUCUUUGAUGGGCCCUUAUGUUGCAUACGGCGAACGCUUUUACAUGUGUGAAGCUAACAACACCCCGCUUCCUUGGAGAUGGAAUUUGCGUGCUUCUCACUUUAACCCACAUAAACCAAAAGAGCUACAACGCCUGACAGGUAACCUCACGGGCUCAACAUCUCUUGAUGACAGCUGCUGGGCGAAAGUAAUUAUGGAUACUAGGUCAAACAACCAAUGGAAGGAAAACGCAUUUAUGGCAAAUUUCAAGAACAAUGCAUGUCAAACUCUUAAGGAAAAUAUUCCAGGAUUUUACGAGAAGAUUUUCAAGACGCAAAUGAAAGGCGCGUGCAUAUUGAAACCUGGAGUGUACGAGGUUAAUAACACAUCAGUAGACUGGACUUUUCCAAAAUUUGCAAUCAUGCCGUAUGGACACUACAGGUUCAGAGCCACGGUUGGCAAAGCUGAAAGCCAAUACCUAUGCAUAGUGGUAGAAUGUAAGCUUAUUCCAAAACCCGCAUAACUAUACUAUGUUCUUGGUUAUUUCAGUGCUGUUCACAUCACACAAUCUCUGGCAGCUUUAGCUCGGGGUCAAAAUAUAUGCUUGAAACUGGACUCCACAA